CUGCUGGAGCGCUCGCUGCUCAGUGGCUCGGCCCUGCGUCGGGAGCGGGGAUCCAAGGUGGGAGAAGGCCUCUUCACCCGGCGCCUGGGCACAGCUGCCUGGCACCGAGCCCGCGCUCCCCGAGCAUCCGGCCACGGGUCCGCGACGCCUUCCGUAGCUGAGCAGCCUACAACUAUGUCCUACUGCAAGACAACAUCAGGUGAAGAUGUGCGUGAUUUCAGCAAGGUGCUGAAAAAUAAGUUCAGAUCAAAGAAACACUUUGCCAAACAUCCUCGCUUGAGUUAUUUACUAGUACAAACAGUUCUAGAAGGCGAGAAGCUUGAGAGGACACAAUCAUCGCCUUGGAAGCUUCAUCACGAUACUACUUUGAUUCUUCUUCCCUCUUCAGAAAUGCAAUGUGCAAAUUCAAUUCCAUGGUUUUGGAAGUCCCAUUGAGAACACGAUUCAUUUGUGCCGGCAUAAUGCUCUGACCGAGAAAGAAUUGAAGGUUAAAAGUCUACACCUUUUCAGUUCACUGCAGUGCUGCAUAAUGAAGACUUGGAACAAUUUUUUUUAUGAAGUAGAAAAUCAGUGUGGUUUGUUUUCCAAAAUGUGAUGUGUAAGUGCAACACUUAACAGUGUGUUCAUCAAACUAUUGUUUCCUUUGAUCUUUGUGUUGCAGAAAUUUCUAGAAUCAUUUCAGAUAUAUUUUCCUUGAUAUAUUUUAGCAGCUUUCCUGGAGCAAGUCUGUUUUCCUUCGGAUGAGACGACUUUCAGACAUACUCCCUUUAUUAUGAGAUAUA